AUAUUCAAUUUGGGGAUGAGGUAUUGGAUAUGGGAACUCAUGAUUCCCACCCACAAAUCCAUCAAAAGACAAUUCUUCUGCUGCACAUUACUUCACAACCGGCCACGAUUGAUAAUGUCCGCUGUGUAUCAAUUUCCACCAAACUUUUAGGGUUUUGAAGAACCGAACAAAUCGAUCCAUCAUUCUUCACACACAAUAAAACAAUCGUCGAACGAAUCCAAAAUGCUUAAAUCGAUGUUUUCCUGUUGCAAAGUUUACAUAUCGGAGACACGAAACAAAUCUGCUCUGGAAUCAAUUGAACAAGCUGCAAAACUAUUUCCGGAAGCAGCGAUUGUCAAUAAAUUUGAAGAUGAGAAGUACAACAGAGUAGGAUACACACUUGUCUCAAAACACUCUCCAGAUUCAUGUCCCUUAAAGCAUGCUGUUUUCUCAAUGGUGAAAUCGGCUUUUGAAGCCAUUGAUUUUGGAUUGCAUACUGGAACUCAUCCGAGGCUUGGUGUUGUUGAUCAUAUCUGUUUUCAUCCGUUAGCUUCAACAUCACUUGAACAAGUGGCUGGAAUUGCCAAAGCUCUUGCUGUAGAUAUUGGAUCCAUACUUAAAGUCCCAACCUACACAUACGGAGCCGCUCAUGACACCGAAAGAUCACUAGACUCCAUCAGAAGGUCCCUCGGCUACUUCAACCCAAACACAACCACGCACCACUGGUCCGGUGGACCACGGUCCAUGGUUCUACCACUCAAACCGGACCAUGGUCCAGCCCACGCGGUUCAAUCCAAAGGCGUGAUCACCAUCGGUACAACCAAGUGGGUCGAUAACUACAACGUGCCCGUGUUUUGUGCUGACAUGGCAACAGUUCGAAGGAUUGCGAAAAGGGUGAGUCAGAGAGGAGGUGGGCUCACUUCGGUUCAGUCCAUGGCUCUGGUUCAUGGUGAGGUUAUUGAGGUGGCUUGUAAUUUGUUGGACCCGGGUGCGGUUGGUGGUGACAAGGUUCAGGGUGCGGUUGAAAAGGCGGGUUUGGAGGAGGGUGUAUCGGUUGGUAAAGGGUAUUUUACGGAUCUUUCUCAAGAAGAGAUUAUUCAAAGUUAUUUGGAUUUGAAUUGUUCUUGAAUUUGAAUUUGAAUUGGAAUAAUUUGAUAUUUUGAUGUAGUUAUGUUGAAGGUGUGAUUACAUUGUUAUUGAUCUCUUAUGAUGUUGAUGUAACAUUCAAUUUUUAACAAAGUAGCAAUUAUAAAAUUAUGUAUUCGAUCA